AUGGACAAGAUUUUGGAGGGCCUGAUCAGCUCCACUCACACGCUUCCGGUAAAGAAGGCCAUCGUGAAGAAGGUUGUGGAGGCAGCUGAGAAGGAUGUAGGGGCGGAGGAGUGCCGUUCCUUGUUUGCCGUUACCACUCGCCUUAUUCUGCUGGGCGAGGACGCUUUCCAAAAGCAGGUGGGCUUUCAGGUCCUCGAGGCAUACGCUCGCUACCACCGCUCAGAGUUUGAGGCGUUCUUCAACAAGGACUUUGUGCUGUCCUUGCUUCAGCAAGGCUACGAGCAGCUGGAGAACAAAGAUGUGUCCAUCGUGGACUAUGUCCACUGCGGUUUACGGCUGCUUAUCAGCUGCCCCACCGUGCUGGAGCUGUUCGCCGUGGUCCAGGUGGAGGCUCUGAGGAUGGUGUGCGAGCGGCCCGGCCCGGCCCUGUGCGCCCGUCUGGCCGCCCUGCUGUCCGAUUUUGUGCAGUGCGUGCCCAGGGACAAGGGUGGCGUCCUCUUUUGCCAGCAGCUGGUGAGGACCAUCGGGUACUUCCACUGUCUGACCAGUCAGGAGCAGGAGCUGGGCGAGUACGUGGCUCACGUCACCAAGGUCGGCACUUUGCUGCAGAACAUCUGGAAGGCCGAGCCGGCCGCGCUGCUGCCUUCCUUGCAGGAGGUCUUUGCCAUCAUAUCUUCCACAGACCCGUCUUUCGAGCCAUCCAUCGCCUUGGCCAGUCUGGUGCAGCACAUCCCAGUCCAGAUGAUCACUGUGCUUAUUAAAAGUCUCACCACCGACCAGAAUGUUAAAGAUGCAAACAUGACCAAAGCACUGUGCAGGAUGAUCGACUGGCUGUCGUGGCCUCUGGCCCAGCAUGUGGACACGUGGGUCAUCGCUCUGCUGAAAGGACUGGCUGCUGUUCAGAAGUUCACUAUUCUUAUUGAUGUCACUUUGCUCAAAAUUGAACUGGUGUUCAAUCGUCUUUGGUACCCCAUCGUACGACCGGGGGCGCUCGCUGUCCUCUCACACAUGCUGCUCAGUUUCCAGCACUCUCCUGAGGCCUUCCAUCUGGUGAUUCCACACGUGGUGCCUCUGGUGCAAUCGCUGCAGGCCGACAACCUUACCACCAGUAAAGCCUUCCUGCUGCAGUUCACCGAACUGAUACACUGCAUGAUGUACCAGUACUCGGGUUUUCCGGACCUCUACGACCACAUUUUGGAAACCAUCAAGGACCUGCCCAAACCGAGCGAGGAGAAGAUCAAACUGGUGCUGAAUCAAAGUGCCUGGACGUCGCAGUUCAACUCUUGCGCUUCGGGUCCGCCGCGGCAGACCGGGAAGUCCGAAACCGGCAAGACGGGUUUGGUCAACCUGGGCAACACCUGCUACAUGAACAGCAUCUUGCAGACGCUCUUCAUGGCGACGGAUUUCAGACGCCACGUCUUGUCACUGCGCCUAAACGGAUCCAGCACGUUAAUGAAGAAGCUGCAGAUGCUUUUCGCCUUUCUGGCGCACACUCAGAGGGUGGCGUACGCUCCCAGGAACUUCUUGGAGGUGUCGCGGCCACCCUGGUUCAACGCCGGCUCUCAGCAGGACUGCUCGGAAUACCUGCGCUUUCUUUUAGACAGGUUACACGAAGAGGAGAAAACCAUUCAGGUGUUGGAGUCGGCCGUGCCGAGCGUUCCUGCCGAUGUCGUAGACUCGAUCUCCAAAGACGUGGCGGCUCCCGUGCCCUCCGAAGAAGGCGGUGCCCCCUCCCCGAAAGCGGACGACAAAGUCGACGACGGUCGGACUCUCAUCGAAAGGACGUUCGGAGGCAAGCUGGUGACGGGCGUCCGCUGCACGCACUGCGACGGCGUCUCCGAGAAGGAGGAGCCGUUCACCGACCUCUCGCUGGCUUUCUGCCCCUCGCGGGACGCCGACAAGACGAAAGCGGUUCUCCAGGGUUGCGUCAACGGCGGAUGCGAGGCCCCUGGGCCGGCGACCGAAGAGCAAACGGGCCACGUGGGCACGGCGGCGGAGGAGGAGGAGCCGCGCUUGUCCGUGCCCGACCUGGUCGACUACUUCCUGGCGCCGGAGAUCCUAGACCGGGACAACGCGUACUUCUGCGGCAAGUGUGGCGGUCUGCGGCGGGCGGAGCGGACCCUCAAAGUGACGGCGGCUCCCGAGUACCUAAUCCUGACGUUGCUUCGCUUCGCCUACGACGCCAAGUGCCACGUACGCCGCAAGAUCCUGGACAACGUCACCAUCCCGCCGCGUCUCCGCCUGCCCGUUCAACGGCCGUCGCCGCCCUCGCCGCCUGCGACCCCGCCCGCUUCUGCGCCCUCGCCCCCGUCGGAGCCCGCUGAGAGCAGCGAGAACCUGGCCAAAAAGCUCAAACCCUCCCGUCAAGACGAGGAAAUCCAAUCGGUGGUUUACGUCCUCAGCUCCGUCGUAAUGCACUCGGGCGUGUCGUCCGAGAGCGGACAUUACUACUCCUACGGUUGCGACCGCGCGGCGGAUGUCGACCCCGCCCACCAUAAGGACGGCUUGAGUCAAGGGGAGCGAGUCCGAGAGGGACCCGGCGGCGUUGCCGCUAACGCCGCUCCCUCAGGCGAUUGGCUGCUGUUCAACGACAGCAGGGUGACAUACGCCUCCUUCCAGUCGGUACAGAACAUCACCAACCGCUUCCCAAAGGACACGGCCUACGUGCUUAUGUACAGAAAACAGGAAGCGGCGGCGCAGGACUCGGUCGUGGGCUCGGCGGCCAACGGAAGCAGGCAGAGUGCAGAGCCGCCGCUGCAGAAAGAACUGCUGGACGCCAUUAUCAAGGACAACAAGCUGUAUCUGCAGGAACAAGAACUGAACGCUCGGACUCAGGCCCUACAGGCCCCAUCGUCUUCCUGCUCCUUCAGGCCCGACGGCUCGGAUGACAACAACCCGCCUGGGAGUUGCGGCCCGUCCGGAGGGGGAGGCGGAGGGGGAGGGGGCUUCAACACUAUCAGUAGACUGGUCUUCUAA